AUGCCUGCACUUAAUGGAUUCGAUAUUCGGGUGAUAUGUGAAGGUUCUGCGCUGGAGGAAUACUCGACUUAUGUUGAUCCGUCGGCGCCAAACGACAUCGCAUGUUGGAUUCCGAGUACGGCUGGCCAGAAUUUUCGCAUUCAGUACACCUGGGACGUGGUCGAAGAUUGCCAUUGGUCCAUCGAACUCCGGUGCGACGGCAAACGAAUGCGAAACUCGUCUGUACCUUCCUACGUCAGAACUUUUGCGCACAAAGGAGCCAGAUCUGGUGACGAAAUUCGAGUACUCACUUUUGCGCCGUUGCUCUUGACUGAAGACGAGAAUGUCCCCGAGUCAAAAUAUGACGCAAAAAUUGGGACAAUUUGCAUCAAGAUAUGGCGGUCAAGACCGAGAGUUGACAACGUGCCGGUCAAAGGCCCCCACAAGUCCAAGCCACGUCAAAGACUGUUCGAAGAGACGCCUGUUUUUGAAGGCAAGAAAACUAUCGGUGUUCAUCGCACAAAGGUUGGGGAGCUUCUUGCGGUACGACCGAAACAAGAGUCAAAGUCUGUAUACAUGGACCGUCAACCGUACCUUACAGUCACCUUUCGAUACCGAUCACCAGAUAUGCUACGUGCGAUGGGCAUCAUGCCACCCCUUUUGGAGAGAAAGAGUCUGGUGAAGCGGUCGUCCACCCCAACUGUUGUCAAGCGAAGUGCAUCCUAUCUACCUGGCGGGCCUCACGACGAAGAUGAACGAUCUAGCGAAGAGGAAGAGCUAGUCGCCAAAGUCAACGUGCUGAACAGCCGAAUCAAGACUUUGCAAAACAAGAAGCAUAAACUCAAGCGUGAGGCCUCUCCUAUUAUUGGUGUGGCAGGGCCAUCUAGAACCGUCAAGGGCUCGUCUAUCACCCUUGACCAUGGGAGAUCGUCGAACUGA